AUGAAAACAGCUUUCGCAGCCCUUGUUGCUAUAGCAGCCGUAUCGGCAGCCCCCUUCUUGCUGGACCAUACCUUGGUCGAAAAUAACGGACAUGAAAAACUCGCAGUAUUUCACCACGUAGGGCAUGUUGUUGGCACUGGAGCCACUGCUCCCAAGCUCAGAUUUGUCCACCUUGUCCCCAAGGUACACUAUCUCAAAGAGUUUGCAGAGGGCCUGUCAUCUGUUCACGGUGGCUCUACACCAAAGCAUCAUAAGUUCCUCCACAUGGAAGGCGGUGACCUCCUCGUUGAAGUAUUGGGUCUUUCUGAUUGCCUCCACUGGCACGUUGCCCUCUUGGGCGUGUUCAAUACACAUACCGGAGGCGUCACCCACAAGCAUUACUCAGGUGUAAAGGGCGAGAAUGUUAAGGUCCUCGGGGGAUUAGACGAAUUACUUGACUUUGUACACGUUAAAUUUGAUGGAGACUUCUUCAAGGUCUUCGCAGAACUCGUCAAGAAGGGACUUCCCUCUCACCUCUUUACACAUAAACUCCUUGCUAAAUUGGCACCCGGCCUCAAAUUACACGCCGAUUUUGAAUUAGCAUUGUAA